AUGCGCGGAGUCAGGGUGCUUACUUCUUGGGCUCCAGGGGUAGCUUCAAGGCCAUUCGUCCAACCGAGGACCUGUGUCUUGAACGAUCUCUACCCUGGAGCCAACGCCUCGGCGCCUGCGUUUGGUGCUCGUGGUCUCAAUCGCUCGUUCUCCAGCUUCUCCACCCCGUUUCGCAAGGGUAAUACCAACGGCAUCCGUCAGCCUGCUGGUCUUUCGAACUUCCUCUACGCCAAUUUCAGGCUUCAGUCGCGGUUCCUGCAGAAUUCACGAUUCCUUUCCUCCACCUCACGCUCCCUAGAAAACAAGACGACCGCGCAAACGACGGACACCCCGCAAGCAAACCAGAAAACCAACAAAGACAAAGAAGACGAGGAAGCCGAGCAAGGGUUUGAACUAUCGGAAAGGGCAGCGCAAGCGGCUCAGGUCAACCUUCGGGCAAAACUCGCCAAAGAUGGAGCUUCUGGAAAGAAGUCUGGUUUCUCCGAGAUCUGGAGACUGCUGUCUAUUGCGCGACCCGAGGCUAGGAAGCUAGGAUUGGCGUUUCUAUUCCUGCUGGUGUCUUCGUCCAUCACGAUGUCGAUCCCGUUUUCCAUCGGAAAGAUCAUGGAUGCGGCAACGAAGUCCUCCGAAGGCGGCGCUACCGAGCUUUUUGGACUGAGCGUUCCGAUGUUUUACGGCGCUCUGGCCGGUAUUCUUACACUGGGCGCUGCCGCGAACUAUGGACGAAUUAUCAUUCUGCGCAUUGUUGGUGAACGCAUCGUUGCCAGACUUCGCUCGAAACUCUUCCGGCAGACGUUCAUCCAGGACGCCGAGUUCUUUGACGCCAACCGAGUCGGUGACCUGAUCUCUCGCCUGAGCUCCGAUACCAUCAUCGUGGGUAAGAGUAUCACGCAAAACCUGUCGGACGGUCUGCGGGCAGGUGUCAGUGGUGCGGCAGGAUUUGGCUUGAUGGCAUAUGUCAGUCUCAAACUGUCCAGCAUCUUAGCUAUACUGCUCCCUCCGAUUGGUCUUGGUGCUUUCUUUUACGGAAGAGCGAUCCGGAACCUGAGUCGCCAGAUUCAGAGAAACCUGGGAAAUCUGACCAAGAUCGCCGAGGAACGCUUGGGCAAUGUGAAGACGAGUCAGUCUUUCGCCGGAGAAGUUCUUGAGGUUAAUCGUUACAACACUCAAGUGCGCAAGAUCUUCGACCUCGGUAAGAAGGAAUCAGUGAUCAGCGCUACUUUCUUCAGUUCUACCGGAUUCAUGGGCAACAUGACAAUACUCGCGCUUCUCUACGUCGGAGGCGGAAUGGUUGGAAGCGGCGCUAUCAGCAUUGGAGAGUUGACAUCAUUCUUGAUGUACACUGCCUACGCCGGCUCAAGCAUGUUUGGCCUGUCCAGCUUCUACUCCGAAUUAAUGAAAGGAGUCGGUGCCGCCAGUCGACUGUUCGAGCUGCAGGACCGUGAACCUACUAUUUCCCCCACCAAGGGCAUCAAGGUCGAGUCGGCCCGUGGCCCUAUUCGCUUCGAGAAUGUUUCCUUCAGCUACCCGACCCGACCGGCCGUGCCUAUCUUCAGGGACCUGGAUUUCGUGAUCCCUCAGGGCACCAACGUUGCCAUUGUUGGUCCUUCGGGAGGUGGCAAAUCGACCAUCGCUUCCAUUCUACUCCGGUUCUACAACCCUACCGAGGGUAAGGUUUUCAUCGAUGGAAAGGACAUCGGUCAGAUGAACGCCAAGUCUCUUAGACGAAAGAUUGGUGUCGUCUCACAAGAGCCUGUUCUUUUCUCCGGGUCGAUUGCCGACAAUAUUUCCUACGGCAGCCCCAGAGCAACCAAGUCGGAGAUCAUUGCAGCUGCCCGGAAGGCCAACUGUCAGUUCAUCAGUGAUUUCCCGGAUGGACUUGACACUCAAGUGGGUGCUCGAGGAGCCCAACUUUCUGGCGGCCAGAAGCAACGAAUUGCGAUUGCCCGUGCCCUGAUUAAGGAUCCGGAUAUCUUGAUUCUCGACGAAGCCACGUCCGCGCUUGACGCCGAGUCCGAGACUCUCGUCAACAGCGCCCUUGCUGCUCUCCUGCGCGGCAACAACACCACAAUCAGCAUUGCUCACCGACUUUCUACGAUCAAACGAUCCGACACCAUCAUCGUCCUCAGUCCGGACGGACGUGUGGCGGAGCAUGGCACGUAUGAAGAAUUGAGCUCCCGCCCCGACGGUGCCUUCACCAAAUUAAUGGAAUGGCAAAUGAGCGGCGGGGAUGCGACACAUCCGCCCCAGAAUGCUCCCGUCAGUCCGGAAACCGAGGAGAAACUGUGGAAUCUGGAGAAGGAAGAGGACGAGGAUGCAGAUGAAGCGGUUACCAAGCAAUCGAAGAACGAGUAA